AUGAUAUUUUAAGAAAAGGAGAAGGGUCAUAUUGUUGAUUUAAUGAAAAGUGGAGAUUUUUAUAUCCUUUAUGUUGACUCUGAUAAUUAGAGAAUGAGAAUCGAUAAAGGAGUUGUUGCCGGGAGAACCAUUUAAUUCCAAUGGAGAUAGAUCAAUGAUUUUUAAAAUCAUUAUUCUUUGCAUGAAGAUUCUAUCAAAGGUAAUUGCAUUAAAGAUUCAAUCAGAAAAACAAUUGACCUAUAAUAUAUGAUAUAAAAUGCUUUUUCAGAGGAAAAUCCAUAUGUGACUUAUUUUGGAAUUGUUUCAUUAGAAUUCGAUUCUCACAAAAACUAUCAUAAGUUUAUUUUCAACAUUCAAGAUAUUGCAAGCACAUUUGAAGUUUACAUUAAUCCUCAAACUCUAAUGAUACAGUGGAGUAUACUAAGAAAUGGGAACUUAGAAGUUAUUGAGAUUUAUAAUCAUGAGGAUAUUUUCAAGAGAGAAUAAUUCUUUGAGAGAGAAUUCAAGUUAGAUUCAUGUAUUUCUAAAAAUAUCAACUUGUAAAUUUGA